AUUCGAUAAGAAAAACAAUGCAACAAGAUAACGAAAGCAUUCAUAAUUAAAAAAGAAAUUCUUCGAAAACUCCAGAAGCGGUAAAUUUUUCUAUUAAACAUAAAUCGUCGUGACUAAGCAAAUCUACUGUUAUGUUUUUAAAAUUUAAGGGAAAUUUUGCUUAUGAUCUUUCUGGAUAUAUAUAAAUCCCAAUUGUUCUUCUAUAUCAAUCUGAAACAUAUUCAAAACAGGAAGCAUGAAACUACUGAUACUUUUCGUAUGUAUACCGGUGAUAUUAGCGCACAAAGAAGUAUUCAGCCAUGCUCAUGCAGGUGGAAAAGGUACUGGUUUUGGAGUAGGAUUUAGUGGAGAAAAAGAAGGUGCAGAUGACCACGUUCAAGGAAGAAUUGCGGGCGGCAAAAUUCUUAUAAUUGGAGUUAGAGGUGGAAAAGGAACUGGUGGCGGUGGUUUCGAUGGUGGAGUUGGAGGCGGACAUGGAGGCGGACAUGGUGGUAUUGGUGGAGGAAUUGGUGGCGGAAAAGGUACUGGUGGAAUUAGAGGUGGAAGAGGAAUUGGUGGUGGAAUCGGAGGAGGAUAUGGAGGCGGAAUUGGUGGAGGAAUUGGAGGUGGACGUGGAGGUAUUGGAGGAUUAGGUGUCGAAAAAGGUGGUGGACUCGGAGGCGGACGUGGUGGAGGCAUUGGCAGUGGACAUGGUGGUAUUGAUGGUGGAAUAGGAGGUGGAAAAGGUGGAAUUAGAGGUGGUUUAGAUGGAGGAAUUGGAGGUGGAAAAGGUGUCGGACUCGGAGGUGGACAUGGUAGUGGAAUUGGAGGCGGUAAAGGAGGUGGACUCGGAGGUGGACGUGGUGGAAGCAUUGGCGGAGGACAUGGUGGUAUUGGUGGCGGAAUUGGAGGUGGUAUUGAUGGAGGUAUUGGAGGAAUAGGUGGAGGAAAAGGUGGAGGACUCGGGGGUGGACAUGUUGGAGGAACUGGAGGAAUAGGUGGUGGACUCGGAGGUGGACGUGGUGGAAGCAUUGGCGGUGGAAUUGGAGGCGGAAAAGGUGGUGGACUCGGAGGUGGACAUGGUGGCGGAAUUGGUGGAGGAGUUGGAGGUGGACAUGGUGACGGAAUUGGAGGCGGAAAAGGUGGUGGACUCGGAGGUGGACAUGGUGACGGAAUUGGUGGAGGAAUUGGCGGUGGAAAAGGUGGCGGAAUCGGAGGAGGUAGCGGUGGUGGACUCGGAGGUGGACAUGGUGACGGAAUUGGUGGAGGAAUUGGCGGUGGAAAAGGUGGCGGAAUCGGAGGAGGUAGCGGUGGUGGUUUCGGAAGUGGAGGAGGAGGUGGGUUUGGCGGUGGAUUUGGUGGUGGAUUUGGUGGUGGGUUUGGAGGUGGUUAUGGAGGUGGCUUUGGAGGUGGAGCUGGUGGAAUUAAAAAAAAACCUUGGUAAUAUUAAAAUAAAAUUUUAAAUUAAAGUGACAGUUCAUUAUAUACGUUUAUAAA